AUGAGUAGGCAAAGCUCACCUUCCUCAGUUGAAAAAUUUAUGGACAAGAAAUUAUCAUUGAAAUUAAAUGGUGGCAGACACGUCCAAGGAAUAUUGCCGGGGGUUCGAUCCAUUUGUGAACAUAUUCACAUGGAUGAAUGUGUGGAAAUGGCAACUAGUGGGCAAGAGAACAAUAGUGGAAUGGUGGCAAUAUGA